AUGGGGGAGGUGGUGCCGGCCGCCCCCCCCUGCGAGGUGUUCCUGGACCUGAUGUGGUCCGGCAGCGCGGCGCGGCGGGUGGUGGUGAGUCUACCCAAGGACACCCCCCUGGGCCGGCAGUUCAUGCUGCUGUGCUCGGGCCAGCGGGGCGCCUGCUACGCCAACACCAGGCUGUUUAAGGUGAUAGAUGAGGGACAGCCGGAGGAGCGUGUGGUGGGAGGAGAGUACCAGACAGGUGAUGGGAGGGGAGGAGCCGCCCUGCUGCCUCACCUUGGCCAGGGUGAGUACUGGAAGUCAGGCAAGGCGGGGGCUGUGUGGUGCUGGUGGCGUGAUGACCCUGCCCGUGGUGCUCAGUUCGGCAUCACCACCCGGGACUUGCAGCGUGGUAGAGUUUGGCAUGAUGUCUUUGGCCAGGUGGUGCGGGGCCUGGAGGUGGUGCAGGAGGCAGCCCGGCACCGCCCCAUUACUGAGGUGACUGUGGUACAAGAUGUACAUUUCAAAAGGCAGCAGCAGCAGCAGCAGCAGCAGCAAACCUUUAGCCCUUGA